AUGUUUGGGAAUAAUAUUAAAUUAAACGAUGAUGAUAAAGGUAUUGUCUAUUCAAAUCGAGUACGCCUCGGCAAUUGGUUUGAGGCUGCUACAUUGGAGGAGUACAAACUCAAUAUAUUCCUGGAACAAAUGAAAAAAGGUGGUUUGACGCUCGCUCGAUUUCGGAAGAUGACAGAAAAUCUUAACGCACCGACGAUUCUUACCCAGUCUUCUGGGAGCAUCGCCUUUGGAUCAAAAAUAUCUCUGUAUGCGCCACACGUACCAUCGAGCGAUCCUCCUGUUGAAGGUAAACUAGGUCUUCUGUUAGGCGGCCAUUUGACUUCGAAUGAUAUUGCAUAUUCGCAACAACUUGAAGAUGGUUGUACUAUCAUUGGAGUUCCUUAUCAACCUCCAGCACUGAGCAAUUCAUUCAUAAUUACAAGCGCCGAUUAUUGCGACCGGACUGGUGAACCAUUGAAGUAUAACCAAGAAUUCCUUUUGAUUCUCUCGUCAUCGAAAAACAGGAAAGAGCCGUUAUACGUAAGGUAUGAUCCGGAUCCAGUGCCGGGCCUGUGUGGCUUGUUCCCGCUGUACCUCAGCAAGUACAAUGUCUCUAAUACCCGGUGGAGGGUGUUGCCGGUACAGAGGCCUGAUAUCACGCGCUUCGAACAGGAAGGGACACCUGUGCAUGUCAAUCAAGAUGUUGUGAUAAAUCAUUGUUCUACAAAUCGUAAUUUAGGAAUAAAUCUGGGCCAUUGGGCUUUGGGUUUCUUUGGAAAAGUUUGCGCCCCUCUGCUAAAAACAUGCCUCGAUGUUUAUGGACGAGAGUUACCUAAUAAUGUGUGGCAGAUUCACACACCGAUAGCCACAUCAACAAAGGAAAAGAGUACUUAG